GGGUGCGCGAGCAGCCAUGGCCGGCUGAUGGACGGUUGGUGGUCGCCCUCACCGUCGGCCUCGCCGCCGCCGCCGCCCCGCGCCCCGCCGCCGCGCUGCCGCUGCCGACACCCGCUUUCCACCAGCUACAACUGCCUGCCGCAUUAUGACGGUUGGCCUGACGGCGAGGAGGAGUCGACUGGUGGCGCUUUGCGUGAGCGAGAGCUGCGCUCGCUUCACCGCACGGUUCCCGCGCUGCGGCGCCGCGAGCUCGACACCCGUGCCAUCAAACACCACUUCUACCCGGAAGGAGGAUGGGGAUGGAUCGUGUGUGGGGCAGCUUUCCUCGCUCACCUUCUGUCAACUGGACUGCAACUAGCCUACGGAGCACUCCAUGUCUACGCACUGAGGCACCUUGGACCAUCCCCCGACCAUGCUGCGCUGAAAUUCGUUGGCCCAGUUUGGGCUGGUGCAAUAUGCGUUGGAGUUUCUCGUUUCGCCGGUGCGCUGGUCGCCGCGAGGAAACACUCUCCGCGGUUGGCAGCCCUUCUUGGAGGUUUGCUGCUGCCACUAGCAUGUCUCUUCACCUCCUUUGCUACACAACUUCAUCAAACCCUGCUUAGCUAUGGAGUGGUCCUUGGAGUGGGAUGCGGGCUGGUGCGCGAAUCGGCUGGACUGGUCCUGGGCACAUACUUUCGCAGAAGGCGGCAGUUUGUGGAGCUGGUGGCACAUACGGGUAGUGGCGUUGGAAUCGCCCUGUUCAGUGUCGCUUAUAAAGAAGCUGUUGGAAAACUCGGCUGGAGACUUGGACUGCAAGCAGUGACCGGAGUCCUCGUUUUAGCAUUUUUCCUCAGUGCUGUGUACCGAAGCGCCUCCCUUUACCACCCACAACGUCGCGCUAUUUUACAUCUCAAGAACCAACGACGAAAGGUAAAAGAAAAGAAACUGAAAGGCCUAAAAAGACCCCCGCUUAUUGAUUUAAGUCCGCUUCGUUCGCGGCCAGCCAAAGUUUUGUUGUUGUCGGCGGGAUUAGCUGCUUUUGGACUUUACACUCCAGUCUUUUUUCUGGCUUUACAAGGAUUUCAAGAAGGUUUAGAGGAGAGUGCAUUAGUGCUGCUUCAGACAUUUCUGGGGUUUGCUGCAGUCCUCGGGUGCGCCGGCUUUGGGCUCGUGCUGGUGCGUCCAUCGGCUCAGUGCCUCGUCUCGAAGCAGUAUUUAUGCCAAACUGCUAUGUUGGGUAUAGGUAUCUCAAUGCUCGCUCUGAGCAGCGUCGAAGGGUAUCACGGCUACGUACUUUUCGCAUGGAUGUACGGCCUAUGUUUAGGAGGAUUUUUGUACUCUAUGAAGAUGUUGACCAUGGAACGUGUUCGUGGACGUCACUUCACAAAAGUUUGGGGUUUCGUACAAAGCGCCGAAGCGAUACCUGUGAUAGUGGGUGUACCAGUUACUGGAUACAUCAACCAGCAAGCUCCAAGAGCAGGUUUCUACUUUUCUACUGCAGCAACGUUAGCUGGUGCUGUAAUGUUAUUCUUCGUUGGCUUUUCAAAAAGAGAUCCAGAUCCUCAGCCUGCGCCUGCUCCGACAAUAUCACGCCCGGAAGCUUGCCCGUGUGGGACACCGCCACCAAGGUGUGAACCAGCUUGGUGUGCUUGCAGCGCUGGUGGAGCGACAGCGUAUUGCGCCUGGCCGGGGCCGACAUGCAGUUCUCGUCUGCCAAAAUCACUUUCGUACGCUGCUCCUUUGGAUCGCAUGUGCUGCUCAGCAGCUUACCCGCACUAUCCGGAAUGCUGCAGACGCGCACCACUGCGGCCAUCUCGCAGUGUGCCCGAGGGCCUUGCUCGCCGCCCCAGCACCUGGAGUAGAGCGGGCUCAUGUCGCGCCCCAUGCCGCCAUCGCGAGCGACACCUCAUCGAACAAAUUACUACAUCAGUAUGAUAUUGGAUUGAAUUUAUAAGAGUUGUCGCCAUCGUUUCAUGAAAACCGUGGAAACAAUAAACAAUGUGAAGUGUACAUGUAAAUAUUUUGUUCAAGGUAGUUUCAUGAUAAUAAAAGUGAUAGACUAGUACUUUAUAGCAAUAAACCUGAUGAUGAGUGAUUUUUUUCAAGGACGAUUUCGUUUAUCGUGGCUGAUGUCGUGGAUAUGUUUUUUUAAGGUUGUCCAAAUAAGAUGACAAACUUCAUCUAUUUCUAUAAAUUAUGUACACCAAACUUUUAUAUGGAAUCCAGUAGAAUUACGACUAUUAAAUAAUGUUAGAUCAUUUUUCUAAUUCUUGAAUUACUUAUGGGACCUUUUUCGUAGCUAACCAAAUAUUUUAAUAGAACAUAGAAAAAUACUUCUUCAGAUUCUUAUAUAUCUGUGCGUGUCUCCAAAACCUAUUUGUAUCAAAAAUAUAACCCAUCAUUUAAUAAUUUCUAUUUCAAUUGCUUAGAUUUGUUAAAAAUAUU